AUGGCUGCUAUCAAUCAGCCAACCACUCCUAUCCGGACUUUUCCUUCCACGUUGAGGUUCUUCCAAGAUAUAGAUAAACACCUGGACUCAUUCCCUCGUUUCAGCCACUCAAGUCAUGGCAACCGCGGGCCGCAUUUGGGUCAAGCCUUUCUUCCCAUCUUCGAUGUAAGAGAAUUGCACAACAGUUUUGAGCUCUAUGGCGAAUUACCAGGAGUCGAAAAGGAGAAUAUCAAGAUCGAGUUCAAGGGCUCUAAGUCGCUAGAAGUCAGUGGCUUUGUUGAAAACUCGUAUCAGCUACCUCCCAACCAGGGCGACGACGUUGAUACACCCGAUGAUGCUACAAGGAAAGAUAUGAAGACUACAGAGCACGACAGUGUUAAAUACUGGGUUGCGGAGAGAAAUGUAGGCGAAUUCUACCGCUCAUUCACUUUUCCGCAGCGUGUCCAGCAGAAUGGCACCACGGCGACGCUUGAAAGCGGUGUCCUUACUAUACGCAUACCAAAAAUGCCAGAUGAUGACUCCGACAGACAUGUGAUUCCUGUUUCAUAA